UCGAAUAUAUCAGCCCCUUGAUUGUGUCGCGUGACCUGAAAUGAAAGUGACCUGUUCGUCAGAAACACCGGAUUUUAACAGUUCAUGGAGGUAAUAAUGUGAACGCAAGAAUGAAGGAAGUGUCAAAAUAAGAAGCAAGAAGUUUGCAAAGUCUGCAGACUGGAUUUUCCUCACGCGCCAUGAGCAAGUGAACGAGGAGCGUAGACCUGCUGAAGCGGUGAACCUUUGGCUGGUAGUAGGACCGCUGCUGGCAUUCCUAGAGGGUACUGGAGCUUCUCUUGGGUAGCUGAGGACGACCUGAGCUUCCCCAACGACUCUGUGCCAGUGUCAGAUUACAGCUGCCCUGGCAACAGCAGAACAUGUGACCAGCACCUAGAGAACACCCCAGAGUUCACAUGGAGCAUCGUGGCUGCCGGAGAUCUGCGUGCGGACAGGAACGAGAGAACGGAAAAGAAGGCAGGAAGCCCCCAGGGAUGGGAGGAAGGUAAGAACCAAGGUCAAUUCCUCUGGGUGAACAGAUCCGCCUUCAGUGGCCCCUGGGUGCUGAGUCCUUGGCUGUGGGGGGGCCAGGGCCCAUGUAGCCUAGACAUGGCUGUGUUCCUCCAUCCAAGGCAAAGUGGACAGUACACCAUAUGGCUCAUUGAGCGAGACAAACCACCACUUGCCCUUUUCUCCACUGACACCCUGCCUCGCAUCACAGGCUGGGCGGUGGUCCACCUCACCCUCGGGACUAACGGAGGAUCAGCGUUUCGGGUCUCGGCCAGCUACGAUCAGAGGAUUCCACAGGAUGACGCGGCCACCAUUGAACCUCACUUCACCACCAACUGCACCAUGAUGUCUCCACCCGGUCCUAACAUCACCCUGGAGGGACAGUACCACUGUCAACAGGGACCAGGGAUCCCUCUGGACAAGCUGUGUGACUACACCGCUGACUGUCCGCUCGGCGAUGACGAAGGAGAACGAUGUCGCCAAUUUCUCAAUGGCAGCUACUGUUCUUUUGAGGACAGCGAGUGCGGUUGGCAGCCAGUAACAGGCCGUGGUCACUCCUGGAGACGACUGCAGUCACCGUCCAAGGCAACCCGACAGAGCUGUUCAUCAUCAGGUGCUACGUUCAGUGUGGAGGGAGGUCAGUCCAAAGGCCAGCGUGGUGCAGCGUUACUGAGGAGCCCUCUCUUCCCCCCUCCUCUCAGAAACUCCAGAUGCACGGUGCGAUUCUGGCUGUGCUCUGGAGGAUUACAGAAGGUCUCACUGUCUCUGUGGAUUGUGGAGAACAGCACCGGCCCUGAUGAGCAGCGCAGACUGUGGCACUCAGCCAGUGAACCAAAAUCUGAGAAGGGCUGGAAGCUCAUCAUUCUCCCUCUUUAUGGCCUGGCAGACUGGUUCUGGCUGCAGUUCAGCACAGAAGAUGGACCUGGACCCGGUUCAGCCAUCUCUCUUGACAACAUCUCCUUUAGUAUGGACUGUUUCCUGGCAUCCAACGGUGAGUUUCCCCCAGUGGUGUCCAGCACAACCAGGCUACCUUUCAGACCAACUAUCAGGACUACACCACCAUCCUUUGGAAGCCCUUUGAUGAACUACCCGGUCACAGAUUACUCCAAAAAAUGGAUUUUUCAUACCUGUGGGGCUGUGGGACCUGAAGGCCCAACUCCCACUCAGUGCCUCAACUCCUACAGGAACAGCAACGUCAACAUUACAAUCGGCACCAGCGGGUCCUUCAAAGGCAUUCAAAAGUGGCGAGUCCCGGAAACCGGCACCUACAGGAUAACAGCCUACGGUGCAGCUGGAGGUCGAAGCGUAUUGGCCAUGAGCAGGUCACAUGGUGUUUACAUCACAGGAGACUUCCUGCUGAGGAGGGAGGAGCAUCUUUUCAUCCUGGUGGGACAGCAAGGAGAGGAUGCAUGCCCCAAUUCCAAUGCCAUGCUGAAUAAGAUCUGCCUGGAACAGAGCGGCCCGAUGGUGAACAAAACACAAGUGAAAGGCGGUGGAGGAGGAGGUGGCGGGGCUACAUAUGUGUUCAAGUUCGACAGAGGAGUGUACACCCCCAUCAUCAUCGCGGCUGGGGGAGGCGGCCGAGGUUACAGCAGCCAGUCAGAGACCCAGCUGGAACAGAUGGACUAUGACUUCAGUCGACUGGGACGCAAUGGGAAGUCCCAAGCUGCAGGUGGAGGUGGAGGUUGGAAUGACACCGCUCCUGUCAGUCAGGGUGGCAGACCUCUGGUGCUGGGUGGCCAGGGAGGGCAGGCCUGUCAAAAGUUUUGGAAGACCCAUGGUGGCUUCGGAGGCGGCGGAGGUGGCUGCAUGGCAGGGGGAGGCGGCGGAGGCUACAGAGGUGGUAACACCUCAAAAGAUAACAACCCCAGACACGAUGGUGAUGAUGGCACGUCCUUCCUGGGCCCAGAAGGCAACCUUUUCCUUCUGCCUCUGAAAGCUAUGGAAGGGGAUGGUGAGGUGAUCAUCAGUCCGGUGCAGAACUGCAGUCACUGUGAGACCGGAGAGUGCCACGAGGUCCAGGAAAAGGUCGUCUGCUACUGUGACGAGGACUUCAUCCUGGCUCCAGAUGGGGUGUCCUGCAUCAACGAAACAGAGGUGUCCCUGCUGCCUCCCCAGCCGUCUCUGUCCCACCUGGCUCUGGGGCUUUCUGUCGGCACAUCAGCCCUCAUUGCUGCUUUGCUGCUGGCUGUGUCUGGAGUCAUGAUAAUGUACAGGCGCAAACACACAGAGCUGCAGUCCAUCCAGCUGGAGCUGCAGAGUCCAGACUGUAAGCUCAGUAAGCUGCGAGCCUCCACCAUUAUGACCGACUACAACCCCAACUACUGCUUCGCUGGGAAGACGGCAUCAGUUAACGACCUGAAGGAAGUGCCACGGCGUAAUAUCUCCCUCACCAGGGGUCUGGGUCACGGUGCUUUCGGGGAGGUCUAUGAGGGCCUGGCAGUGGGAAUACCAGGUGAACCCAGUCCACUACAGGUGGCAGUGAAGACCCUUCCUGAGGUGUGCUCUGAACAAGAUGAGCUGGACUUCCUCAUGGAGGCUCUUAUCAUCAGUAAGUUCAGCCACCAGAACAUUGUGCGCUGUAUCGGAGUCAGUCUGCAGGCCAUGCCUAGGUUCAUCCUGCUGGAGCUGAUGACUGGUGGAGACUUAAAGACUUUCCUGAGGGAGACCAGACCCCGGCUGGAGCACCCAUCCAGCCUGAGCAUGGUGGAUCUUCUCAAUGUGGCCAGAGACAUCGCCAAGGGCUGCCAGUACCUGGAGGAGAACCAGUUUAUACACAGGGACAUCGCAGCUCGAAAUUGCCUUCUAACCUGCAAAGGACCAGGCCGCAUGGCAAAGAUUGGAGAUUUUGGGAUGGCUCGAGACAUUUACAGGGCAAGCUAUUACAGGAAGGGUGGGCGUGCCAUGCUGCCGGUGAAGUGGAUGCCACCUGAAGCCUUCAUGGAGGGCAUCUUCACAUCUAAGACAGACACGUGGUCAUUCGGGGUUUUGUUGUGGGAGAUAUUCUCAUUGGGCUACAUGCCGUAUCCGAGUCGUAGUAACCAGGAAGUGCUGGAGUUUGUGACCAACGGUGGAAGAAUGGAUCCUCCUAAAAACUGCCCUGGGCCAGUAUAUCGUAUAAUGACUCAGAGCUGGCAGCACCAGCCUGAAGACCGGCCGAACUUCUCAACUAUCCUGGAGAGAAUUGACUACUGCUUACAGGACCCUGACGUGGUGACCAUGCCGCUGCCUGUAGAGUACGGACCUGUCUCUGAGGAGGAGGAGCAUGUGCCUCUUCAUCCAGAUGACCCCUCAGCUCAAACUGUGCUGGUGAAUGCCCAGGUGCCUGAUGGGGAGGCUCCACAGCUGCCCCCGUCCUACCCUAUAGACGAGAGCCGGAGAGGUGGGGAGCACACCGCCGUCGCGAGCACAGCAUCGGAGGCUAAAGCACAGAUGUCAGCCCAGGCCCCGCCUCCAUGCCUCCACCAGCACCAGCAGCAUCACCCACAGACCUCUGUUGCCAUGACAUCCACAAACACAGUCACCUGCACGGCCACCUCAACACUCACUGCCAAGGGACCUCAUGUCAACACCCAGCCAGGCCCUGAAGGGGGCCAUGUCAACAUGGCUUUCACCCAGGGCCAUCCAGCAGAGAAGGAUGGGAAGAGCACCACUCUCUGGAACCCCACGUACGGCUCCUGGUUCUUGCAGCAGAGGAAGCAGCUGCAGCAGCAGCAGCAGAGGCAAGGAGGGGUGGGUGGAGCAGGAGGUAACAGCAGCAGGGUGCCUGGAGAGGGGCAGGAGCAUGUAGGCCGGACUGUGGCUGAGGUGGCUGGAGCACUGGGACUUCAGCACCAGCACCCACACCAGCACAAGCAGUUCCAGCAUCAGCUCCAACAGCAGCACCAACUCCAGAUGCUGCACCAUCAGCAGCAGCAGCAGGGUCUCUGCAGACCCCUGUUACCUCCACCCCCACCUCCUGCUGCCCAGUCUCCUCUGCUGUUAGAUUCAGCUGCCCUGCCUCCGGUUCCCCUCUACAGACUGAGACGGUUCCCCUGUGGAAACAUCGGCUACGGCUACCAGGAGCAAGGCAUGCCUCUGGAGGCCGCUCACGGUAACCCCAACGCCCCUCCACUCCAGCAAGCCACCAUGCCCUCAGCAGCCCACCAGAGGGGGGGCCCCAUUCCCACCUCAAUGACCCUGGGCCGGACGGGCGUGUCGGAGGACAGCCGUCCACUGCUGGUCACCAUGGGGACAGUACAGGACCCCAGGCUGCCCAGGAUGGAGGGCCACAACGCCACAGUGCUUUAGCCUAAAUGCCUGCUCUGCUGGUCUUUCAUCCUCUGUCUUUAAGGACUGUGUUCUGAACACAUCCCAGGAAACAAUGCGUCCGGACAGAAAUAGUUUGACAACACCCCGACUGUCCCACCACUUUGGCUCCUCCAGUUUGGACAGAGCCCCUCUCACUGAUACAGAACUGAGAGUCCUUUAGGCUUUCCCAUGAGAACCCUGGAGGCGUACUAAACUCCCAAACGAAUGCUAAAGCACAUCAGAGAACUCAAACAGCUUUAGGAGGCAAAACGCAGAGAAACGGAUAGUUUUAAGAGUUUUAAAAAUGUAUUUUUUCAUCGCAGGAAGGAUCACGUCUGAGUGAGAAUACUGGGGAAAGAGUUUACUGCACAGGAGGAAAACUUUCCAUCUGGUAGAGAUCAGGAUUGAGUACAUUAUCCGUGUGCUCAGUGACAGCAGAGGAGGACUUUUAGGAAUGAGAAUGAACCAUUAGGAGGAUUGAAAUCUCUUUAUUUUGCCAAACGUCAGACUUUACCACACAAACUGUGGUGACCACUUUGACUGUAGCGACUGAGGGGUUGUUUUCAGCUGCCAGCUACAUGUGUCAGUUCUUCUGCAGAAUCCUCACUGUUCCUGAUCCACAUCCUUUUGGAGAACAACAGCGCGCUAAAAGACUUGUAUCAGACUAUUUUUCAAGGAUAUCACAGAAUCAGACGCUGAGACAUUUAUACAAGAAAAAAAAACACUGGGAAUAACGUGGUUGUUGAUGUUUGCUUGCCUGCUUGUUUAUUUAUUCAUUUGUUUAUUUAUUAUUUGGAAGUGGCUUUAUAAAUUAUUCAUGAACAUGCUUCAGAUUCAUUUAACAUCAGCUGGUUUUCACAGUAGGUUUUAUUUUAGGCUGUUUGUUAAAUGAUAGACCAAAAAAAGGAGACUGAACAAUCUCACAGAAAUGAUCCUCCUGGAAAAUUAUUUGUUGGAAAACUGUGACGGGAAAUCUUUUGUGUCUUAAAUUGGAGCAAGCAGAUAAAUAAGAGCACUAAAACAGGUUUAUGACAUGAUUUGACAAAAGAUAUUAGGGAUUAAAGGCGAACCACCAACAGCAGUGAAGAUUUUUACUGCAGCUGAAGAUUUGUAAUAACCCCUGAUUCUAUUGAAACUGCUGCUCUGCAAACUCUCCUUUUGUUCACAGCACCACUCUGCAGAGGGAGAGCUUGGAGACAUUCAAGUUGAGGCUUUUCUUUUCCUAUGACUCUUUCAGUAACCUUUUAUUAAUUCAUGUCUUGUUUAAAAAUUUUCUUUCUCUUUUUUUUUUGUCCUGAUACAGAAAUAAAGUGGAUAUUGCUGAAUCAAUCUUAAACUUCAAAUUGUUAUCUGGAGCACUCUACGAUCCUGAAUUAACAUAUUUUAUCUUUUCUAUUAUAGGAUGAAUGUUGUGGCAUACAAAUGACUGAGUGGAAAAGUUUGCGUUCAGACUGCUCACCAGUUUGAGCCUCGUUAUGCUCGUUUUCACACAACCAUGCUGUUUUCACUUAUCCGUGUGUGAGAUCUGUUUUAUUUUCCAGUCUGAGGACGGUUCAUCUGUCAGAUAACGCCACAAGCGAGGAGCCGUUGAUAUUAAAGUGAACAAUGACAAAAAGUGUCACUUCUUUUAUGCUUCUGCUUGAUUGUAUUUGGCGUCAUGUCAGUCCGUCUGCUGAUGAGCUGUCGUGUGUGUCACGCCACUCAGUGACUGAUUAAGACAAAUGGAUUCCUGUUGGCCACUACAACACGCGAGUGGAAUAACUGUCAAUGAAGAAUAUUUUGCUAUGUCUGUGUUGGAUGCAUUAACGCAUUAACUCUGUGUUCCCCUCACAGCUCAUCUCCAUCGUUUGAUGUAAAAAGACAAAUUGAACUGCACCUGUAAAUGUUGUAAUUAUAAAGUAUUGUUCUAUGGCUCUGGUAAAAGCUGUAAAUUGCUCUUCAAAAAAAAGACAUCCGCCAAAAUUAAUAAAUUACUAUAUAAUGAC